AGAGGAAAUGAAUCAGCAGAGAGGGAACAGUCGGAGCAGCAGAGACAGACAGACGGACGUACCUGCGCAGUGAGUCUGGUCAGCGAUGGGCGGUCAGGUGACUUCGUUCGAGAACGUCCACGUCGUGGUGGUCGGCGGAGGAUUCGGAGGAAUCGCAGCCGCUCAGGACCUGAAGUCUCGAGGAAUCAAGUUCACGCUGAUCGACAUGAGAGACGCUUUUCACCACAACGUCGGCGCUCUGAGAGCCUCGGUCCAGCCAGGUUUCGCUCAGACAACCUUCAUCCCGUUCAAAGAAACCUUCGGAGAAAGUUUCAUCCAGGGUCGAGUCGAACGGAUCGACACCGACGGGCAGCUGGUCGUCCUGGAGGGAGGAAGGGAGAUCCGGUUCUCCCACCUCCUCCUGUGCACCGGCACCGACGGUCCGUUUCCAGGGAAGUUCAACACGGUGGCGUCGCAUCAGGCGGCCGUGCAGGCCUACGAGGACUUCGCCAAGCAGGUUCUGGCUGCAGAGUCGGUUCUGGUGGUCGGAGGAGGCUCGACCGGGGUGGAGAUGGCCGCCGAGAUCAGAACCGAGUAUCCAGACAAGAAGGUGGUUCUGAUCCACUCCCGGACGGAGCUGGCCGACCCGGAGCUGCUGCCCAGCGUCAGAGAUCAGGUCAAGCAGGUUCUGCAGGAGAAAGGGGUGGAGCUUCUGCUGGGGCAGAAAGUGGCCAACCUGUCGGAGCUGCCGCUCAACGUGGUCCAGAAGGACACGGUUGUUACCACGGAUACCGGAAACACGGUGACGGCAGACCUGAUCAUCAGCUGCGCCGGACUCAAAGUGAACUCUGCUGCCUACGCCUCCAGCCUCACCGGCUGUCUGGCCGAUAACGGAGCCCUGAAGGUCAACGACUACAUGCAGGUUGAAGGUUUCUCCAACAUCUACGCUGCCGGCGACUGCACCGAUGUCAGAGAGCCCAAGAUGGCGUACCACGCUGGGCUGCACGCCGCCGUCGCUGUCGCCAACAUCGCCAACAGUUUGAGCGGGAAGGCGCUAACGACGUAUCGCACAGGUAACGUCACCCUGUUGAUGGCGUUAGGCCGAGACGAUGGAGUCGGUCAGUUUAACGGGUUCAGGUUGCCUCGUUUCCUCGUCGCUUUUGGGAAAAGUCGAAAUCUGCUGGUGUGGAAGAGCUGGUGGGACAUGAACCAGAAACAGCCCUGAUGCACACAUUCAUUUAUCAUGAUUCAUGUUCUCUUUCCAAAACAAUCUGUUUUUAUCACCGCUGCUGCCUGAUGCUAAGCUAGUUGUGUUUCAUGUUUACAUACAUCCAGGAUGCUGAUUCUAACAGCUUCUUAAUGGCCAAUUUUACCAUUUAGACAAUAAAAUUACUGUUUAUAAUCACUUUACAGUCCAGUAAGAAACAGCAGCUAAUAGCAGUGAUAAUGCUAAGAGCAGGACAGUUAGGUCCACAGGUAGAGACCAACCAGGCCCACAUAGCUAAUGUUUAAACGCCUUAAAAAAAACUGAUGUUAGCAUCUAAAAGAAACAAGUUAGCAUAAAAGUAACAGUCUGACACCAAAAAAACAGCAUUAUCAAAAAUAAUUAUAACAUUAAAACACUUUAGCUUUAAAUGUUAGCAUAGACAAACUAAUGUUGGCAUACAAUACAGAUUAACAUGAACCGAAGCAUCAGAAGAAUAGCAUUAGCAUGAAAUGUUAGCAUUAGCUGACAUUCUGAAAACACCUGUUAGCGCAACAAAACUGAUCGUUACUAUAAACACACCAGCGUUAAAAAACGUUGACAUUAAAAAGCUGCUAUUAGCAUAAGGUAACUGAAAAAUUAACUUUCCCAAUGCAACAGUUAAUUAGCACCGAAAAAACCAAUGUUAUCAUAAAACACGUCGAUGUUAGCGUUGAAACAUCCUGUGAGUUGCUGUAGACGAUCCUGUUGUAGUUAGUUUGUACACAGAUUAUAUCUAAAGUGCAUUUUUGCAUAAAGUUGACAUGUUUACUUUUGUUUACCUGCUUGUUUGUGCUGCUUUAUUUGUAUGUUUACAAAACUAAACAAUUUAUCAUCAGCUUUAUUCAACUCGUCUGGAUUUUUGUAUGAAUGUGUUGUUUUCCACAUGUGACCAAAAUAACUAAAGAAAUGCUGGUUUUUACUGAAAACACAGAAUAAAGAC